UUUCUUUUUCUUUUUCUUUCUUUCUUUCUUUUUUUCUUUACUUAUUUUUUCCCUCCCUUCGAUUUAUAUUCCUAGGCCUUCUUCCUCCAUUAUUUCACUCAUUCCCCUCUCUUCGUCUUCUCCUUCUUAUCCAUUCCCUCUUUCUUUCCGUUCUCAAGGCAAAAAAAGGGGGGGAAACAACCAUUUCAACCAGUCUUGUUGUAUCUCUCUCUGCAAACGGCAUUGCGGGGGAACAUCCAGACUUGUUGGUGUACACAAUCUAGGCUCCUUGGGUUUCGAAUCAGCCCGCUGCCCGAGAUAAACAGUUAAAAAAAUAAUUACAGUUAGUUGGUUGCCUUACGAAAGAAACCCUCGCUGCCUCGCGAUGCACAAUUCGGACUCUUUUCUCCUCCCGACCUUAAAAAAAAAAAAAAAAAAAAAAAAAAAAAAAAAAAAAAAAAAAAAACCAGUUGCAUGCAUAUUCCGUUCUCGCGCCCGCCCCCGGAGAAAAAAAGAAAAUAAUAAUAAUAAUAAUAAUAAACAUUCGUUUGCCUUACGAUAAACACGUCAAUGCUUCGAUAAAUCCUCAACAACUUUGCUUUUCUUUCUAUGGGUUGGUUGUCAUCAUUUUCACUUGGGAACACAGACCAGCCCUCUCUCUCUCUCUCAACCAAAAAAAAUAUACCCUUCCAACACGCAUCACCACUCUUUAUAAUGACUAUUUGUCGAACCUUGACACUGUUCUCCGAAUUUUCACCUUAAUCCCCCUUACCUUAAACCGUCCAGAAUCAUGCCACGAAGAGCUCCGGACAAUAUGGCUCUAUCCGUCCGGGUGGAGGCCAAUCUGUUUACGGCGAUGAAGGCCACCGCUUUUAGCACAUACCCCGGCGACACUCUCGCACACGUUUUGGCAGCUCGUCUCGAUCGAGUUCAGCCUCAAGGCCCAAGAGGACAAUGGUCCCCCGUCAGAGUCAUCCCCAAUAUAGACGAUGACCCAGAUCAGGGCGUCGACAAUCAAUGCUGGACUCUAACAACGGAUCCUACCAUAUACCCCAAUAACCCGGAAUGGUUCGAUGAAUACGUAACUCAAUCGAUUAAAAUCAUCUCCCCGCCCUAUUUUAUCCACGGACCUGGGUGGGAGGCUGAUUUCCAGCGGGUAUUCUCACAACGAUCAGAGCACUAUAACCCCAUCGUGCGCUACGGAAUCAUGUACACUGAGUACAACCCCAGCACAAGUCUCAACGUACGCAUAGGAAACGGCACAAAUCCCGGCGCAGGUUUCCCCUUUCACAUUGUCCGCAACCUUGCCAUGAUCUUGCUGGUAUAUGAACCAGAGAUAGACAGAAUGCUCCGCCUUCAUACCUUCCCUGCUCAUCAAAACAAUCCCAGACGAUGGUUAACGCCGCUUCAAAGCCCACACUUUCGGCCGCCGAAUCUCCCCCAUUCAUGCCCUCCUGAUAUGUUAGCUUCUCAUCUCCUAAACACAUGCCCCGAUUUGCGAUCAGUUGUCCGUGCCAUGAACCCAAGUCUUACCGAAUUUUGCCGGCCCAAUACCCACUCCUACUAUAAAUACGACUUCUCCUCCCUUCUAGACCCCACGGACGAACCAACCCCAACCACGAACCAGCCCAACGGACAUCCCGCUCCUCCACAGCCAACACAUUCGAAACGAAAAACCGUCCAAUUCCGCCUUCCAAGCAACUUGGUGGUAGAUCCUGAGAUAUUAAUCCACUGGGUCAGAUUACUCGCGAGCCUGGUUGAAUUCGCAAAAGAAGUACAACUCGAUACGCUGAACGAAACCCUCGGAGUUACCGUCCCAGAUUUGGAGGCUAUUAACAACAACCAGGGAGAUACCACAGUGGGUGCAAGACCGCCUGAAUUUGCCUCUGUUCAGCCCCCAGGAUCGUUAUUACGCCUUUUCACGGCCAUGGAGCAAGCACAAAUUCCGUUGGACUCCGAUACCGCCCGCUUCUGGCACCGGCGGAGGACGAGAGCGUGAGAAAGUUUGACAUAUAUGAAUUGUUUAUCUAACUGACAUAAGCUAUUAUGUAUCGCGGCUGUCAAUUGGCAAAGCGAAAACGGAUUUACAGGAGGUUUAUUGCCUAAGGGAAUUUGCAGAAGUGAACAGACGGACAACAAAUUAAAAUUGUCAAUCUUUCCCUUCAAAUGAGUCAUGACCUACAUAAAAUAUAAUACGAUGAAUGGGCGGACUAUUCAAGAAUUUUUGGACAUGAAUAAUAUCUAAUGUCUCCCUCGAUAAAUUGUUUUUCCCUUCUCGAACUACCCGGAAAUCGUUGGAGAAAACUCGACGCCCAUACGCCCCCCCCCGUUGAUUGAGCGCCCCCUGCUUUCGAACCCAUGGUGCUACUCAUGUGAAUGUUGUCGCCAGAUAACUAACUCUCUUGGGAUCAUACCUAUAAUACCUGGGACACCGACCAUACAAUUGAAGAUUGGAGUUGUUGGAUAUUUUGGAUAUAUUUGGAAACGCAGUCUACGAAACGACUGACGCACAACAACGAUUUCCCAUCCAUCGUCUCCCUCUCUCGCGCUCUGCAACGACUGACUGAGCAACGAAAUCACCACUUCACUAAGAGACCUAAGAGACCUUGGAAACGCAACGCUCAAAAAUCAGAUUCCUAGAGGACGGGAGAAUGGUUGUUGAUAGAAUCUCAGGGCCCACGGGUAACGUUGAUCAGGAAUAGGAUGUGAUGUUGAAAGGAGGGGUGGGAAGAAAAAGAAAAAAAGAAAAAAAGAAAAAAAGAAGAAGUAGACUUCCGUCGCCCAGUGGACGGAACGUGUUUCAAGAAUUGGACGGAUUUGCCAGUCCCCUAAGGUUGCAUGCAUGUUGGUGUCUUCUUCGCAUUUGCGUCGUUUUUUCUCUUGCUGUCCUCCCUCUCCCCUACAUCUCAGCGUUUUCUCUUUCUCCAUAAUUUUUGUUUUUUUGCCUGGCUUCUUCACCCGUUUCUCUCGAUUUUUUUUUUGUCUCGCUUCUUUCCCAAGGCUAGCUAUACUUAAUAUCCUUUUUUAUACCCCCCCGCACCACACACACUCACACACACACCACCGGCCCGCCCCGCAGAUCCCCACAGCAUUUCCUUCCUCUUAUUUUUUUUUAUAUCUUUCCAAAAUAUAAUCCCAUGCUCAUUUAGUUUUCUAACAAACAAGUUUUUUUAACACCUCGUUUACUUAGAAACGGGGUUUUAAACUACCCGCGCCGCGCUAUGACAACCAAACUAAAGAGAAAGCAAAAUACUAUAUAUAUAUUUAUUUUUCCGUUUUAUUUAUUUUGUGUUAUCUCUUUUCCCACUAUUCAAUUUCUAUCUAUCUCCCUUUUUAUCCCCAAUUGCUUCCUUCCUACUUUUCUCUUUUGUUUCUUUUUUCCUUCUGCUUUUUGCCAGACAAGAUAUCCGAAUCCAAACGAAACGACACAUCCAAGAAGUUUUUAACACAGAAAUUGUACCCAUACCUAUACCUAUACCUAUAUCAGUUUUUGCAAAUUACCUGCAUACACCACCACCCUCCCACACCACACAUAUAUAUACACCCACACAUCACAUACACAUGCCUAUAUACAUAGUCUAAUAUAUUAACAUUUAAUAAAUAAUAAAAGCAUGCCUUACCCAGCCGGCUAACACAA